GUGUGUCUGCUGGUUCGUCUCUGCCUGACGUCUGUCUGUCUGUUGCAUUCAUCCAUGGGUGGUUCUGUUCUUCAUCAUCCUCCUCUAGAUGUCCAUACAGUGGACUUCCUAUCCCGCUCUGUCCAUCUGCCUCUGGUUGACAGCAGCUCGACCAAUCACCCGCCAACGAGACCUGCUUCGGGGCCCUUUAUUGGCCAGAAGCUAGUCAGUAACAACCCCUCUUAACCCCCCUCAAUCAGCCAUAUGUUUUCACACUCAGUGAGAGACGAUAGCACACAGACACACACAAACACACACAUUCGCAUACACGUACAUGCACAGAAACAUAGACGCACAUACCGCGUCAACAGUAGUAGACGGUUACAUAUUGAACCUAACCCUGUUAAAUAUCAUAGUUUGUGCAUGUUUCAGCACUCAUGAUAUACCGUGAUCAUCAAAUCAAAUCAAACUUUUUUUAAAGAGUGCUUGGAAAACCACAAUACAGAGUGCAUAGCAAGAUUAACAGUUUAAAUAAAGAGUAAAAAGUCUGUGUCUCAUAGAUCUCAUAGUUUGAGAAGUAGAGUUGAGUGAAGCAAUAAACAUAGGAAGUGAAGAGAGCUACACUGGCUAACAGGAAGUGAUCGCGGCCUAUGCUUGCUCACAGGAAGGCGACUAUGAUUCAGCAGAGUAUGACUUAAGGAGGGUCCCAGAGGAAGGCUUAGAGCUGGAUAUACAGAUAUAGAUACAGAUUGAUAUGUAAAGGGAAUAGCAGCAGGGGGCAGCGGGAGAGGGAUAAAACACUAAUGCCUGAUAAUGGGAGAUAUGUGAGGAGGACGAAUGUGUGUGGACUCACUUUCCACCGCGGCCAACUGAUAUGUGCUAACAGGACUGGACACGCUUACCCCAGCUGUGCGCGUGUGUGUGUUUGUGCAUGUGUGUGUGUGUGUGUUUGUGCGUGUGGGUGGAGGGGUGGGUGGGUAGGUGUGCAUUAGGCAUUAAGGUUAAGCAUGUGCGCGUGCAUUUGUGGCUGCGCGCGUGCGUGUUUGUGUCCCUCCAAGGGUGUGUGUGUUUGUGUGUGUGUUUGUGCGUGUCCGUGGGUGGGUGGGUGUGUGGGCGUGUGAGUGGGUAGGUGUUUGUGCAUCAAGGUUGAAUAUGGGUGCAUGCAUUUGUGCCUGCGUGUGUGUCCCCUCUGUAAGUCUGUGUGCAUGUGUGUUUAUACGCGUGCGUGUGUGCGAACUGAUCCCACUCAAAGCUGUCACAUGUCACUUAUGUACGGUUGCUAUGUGGCCCUUGGCAUGGGUGGAUGGGGUCAAGGAGGUCAUCUGUGUCGCAAUACCUGCUGUCACAUUACUCACGAUUCUCAGAUUCAUUUCCCCAAACUUUUUGUCAACACAUCGUUUCCAAAUGUUUUCGGAACAUUUAUCACCAUCGCUUUCAAACAAAGCUCUUAUUGAGGCACUUCUCUAAAACAAGCUGCCGCUUUCUGCGAUUCCUCCAGGAAAGGUGAAGCCGACUAAUAAACUCUAGCUCGCCGCCUCUCUCCUCGCUAACGUCGUUAAGUCUCUCGGCUCCGCUUCCUCCAGAGUCAGAGUAAUGGGUUCAGCCGCUCACAACAACUUAUUUGCUUUCUCUUCUCUUCCCUGUUCAACUGUUUAUCAGACGCUUUUAUGCAAAAAAACAACUUACUCUGAAUCUUGGAUACAAAAGGGUAGGGGUUAGGUAUCUUGCUCAGGGGAUGUUGGAGCUUGAACUCACAACCUUUUGUGUGGGAGUCCCAACACCCUGUCCGCGACUCUGUCCAGCGCCCUUAUUUAUCACCGUUUUUAUUUUAACUAUAUCCUCACUGUACGAUUCUAAUUGUUGUUGUUAUUUUUUUCUGUCUUUCAAGGCGCGGCCCCUUGGAUCCCGUAGACUACCCGAUGCAGCCCUGGUCGGGCCCCUACUCAGGGGCCCCUCCACCUACACAGGGAUACCCCCAGCCAGGGCCUGGAUACCCCGGCCCGAACCCCCAGCCGGGGCAGGCCUACCCCGGGUACCCCCCCGGCCAGCCGUACCCCCGAUCAGGAGACCUCCGCAGCGUUGAGCCUGGAUACUAUCCACACCAAAAUCCUCGCCAUCAACCCCAUCCUCUGGCCCACCACCCCCAGGCCCCCCUGCACCCCCACCCCCAGGCCCCCCUGCACCCCCACCCCCAGUCACCCCAGCACCCCCACCCCCAGGCCCCCCAUCACCCCCAGGCCCCCCAGCACCCUCAGCCCCAGCACCCGCCGAGGGGCCCUCUGAGGCAGGACGUUCCCCCCUCGCCGCCGCUCCGCGCCCAGCGCUACGACACCAUGAGCCGCGUCCCUGGUGGAGGAGCAGGGGCCUACAGGAACCCGAGGGAGCCCGUCCCUGACCAGUACGGUUACCUGGGAGACGGAGGGAAACGCCCAGACCAGCCCAACCCUCGACAGAAGAACCCCAUGACCGCCGCUGUCUAGCAGGAGUUAUGCACAGGUGCUCCGCGGUGUUAGCAUCAGGAAGAAACUACGGCCGCAUUCACAUGCUUUAGCCUGGCUAGGGGGGUUUCCAUCAUAUAUUUCAUCACAUCUGAAUGCAGCCACGUCAGCAGUAGCUUUCAGCAAAACAGCCCAACAAGCACAUGUACUUUUUUACUAUCUAUGUAUUUUCAUUGAUUUUGUGUCCCUGUCCUACAGUGCAAUAAGGUUUGAGAUUGUAUGCCAACCAAAGUCGGAUUAGCCCAAAACAGACAGGAUAGGAUGUAACGAGUAACAAAAGAUAAUGAUGGAAAACACUUUAAAUUGAUUAGCAUACAUGUAUAUAUAUAUGUACCCGUAGCUGUACCUUAUAAUAAUAUGUGUAAUAAUGUACCAGUACAUGCAUGUUAUUUUUAUGACCAACAGAAGGUUCAAACCAAACAUCUUGUGUAUGUCCUCACACCCAGGGUUUUCCCUGGCUCCGAAAAGGCGUAGGUGAAAGCGAUAGCGAACGUUAUUUGAUGAGCGUUUUAAUGAUGCAGUAUUACGUGCCAGCCAGGCUCCCCUGGUAUGAUCGACCCGGCACGCCCACUUAUCGCAUCGACCUGUUCCUCUAAGUGAUCGCCUGCUAAAACGGUAGCUGUCUGCCCAUGAUGGGUUGUAAAAACAGUUAAAAGGCCUGGAUUGGUAAUAAUCUAGGGCGCAGAGCAGAUCAUACAAUGGAGAUAAUAAUAAACAAGGGUCAUAAUGAUAGUUAAUAUCAUUGAUCAUUUCUUUAUUUUAUAUAGCUAUAUCCCAUCCAUAAAUAAUUGGACUAGUUUCCAAACAUAGGCCUCAACAAGCAUAUUAGAGAUACAAAAUACAUAUACAAAUCAGGAGCAAUGCUAUAGUACUGUUUAUGAAACAAGUACACGUCAUGCCUAAUUAUGCUAUAAACUGCAAACAUUUCUUUGGACAACCAAUAAUUUGGACUUUUCACUAAUAAGAAACCUCAACCUUUCAAAAAGAAAUACCUUAGAUAUAAUCACGACAUAAAGUUCUGUUUAUGUGCACAUGAUCACUGUUAGAUCCAGAUGAAAGUAGACAUAUAAACAGGCUGAUACAAUCACUUUUUUGUUGAUGAUCACUUUUUGGCAUAACAUGAAAAAGGUGGCGCCACCGUAUUCUGCGUCUUCCCCGACUCUUACUAACGGAUACCAGAGUGCUUCUGAUACCAAAACCUGUUGCUGACCGAUCAUGCAUUCAUAUGCAGAUAUCUGUUUAUAGAGGGUAUACAUUACCUUAAUCCCUAACAUGCCGUGUAUACUGUUUAACACACAUGUCCUUCACAUCCAAGUUUCCAUUCAGAUGUAAACUUAGGAUCAAAUGAUUUUGGAAUAAUGAUGCAAGAAGCAUUUCAUGUCCGAUUAGCUGCAAAUGUGAAAUAUUCAAAAACGAUUUAGCGGCAUAUUAAUGUCAGAAUGUAAAUGUUUUGGAUUCAAAACAGUAUUUUAUAUAUUAAGUUGAUUAAUUUUACCUAUAAUUACAUUUCAGUUGAAUACAUAAAGUACAUAGAAAUGUAUAAAUCAAUCUUAUAAUAACGACGUUGCUUUUAAAAUCCUCAUAUUGUGCUUUUGGGUUUUGAUUGGAGGUGCAAUUCACCUUGAUUGAUCUUUAUAUCUUUUAUGCAACGUGUAAGAAUGGAUUCUGCUAGCCUUUGUAUGAUUGAAGUACAACUUUGGUACACUUUAACACUUCAUCCUCUAUAUGUAACAAGUUCUUUUUUUGUCAUGUAUUUUUUGCAUAUUUUCAGCCAACCCUUUUAACAUGUGUUGACGAUGGUACAGUAUUUUGAAGAGGUGUAAGGAAUCUCUGUGAUUUCCAGGUACUUGUAGGAACGCCAUGUAUUAUAAAAACAGUUUCUGAUGAGAUAUGUUUCUGGUUCAAAACACUGUGAACCAACUACUGCUAGAGUGGUUGAUUUAUAGUUUAUAUUUAAAAUCAUCUUUAAACAAGAGCCCUUAAUCUUCCUGAACAUUCCUAGCUCUAUCUAAUCAGUUGCCGUUACUAAAACUCCCUGAACAACAGCCCCUUGAUCAGUUAGCCAGUGAACAUCAUCUUUGAAUGUAAUUAUGUAACAAUUCCUUGAAUUGUGUUACCGCAGUUAGCAAUGCUAAUUUGUUUAGGCUACCUAUGUUACAAUACGAUUCCUCUCCUUCAUAGCAGUGUCUACGUUUUUUUUUUUUUUUUUCAAACCACAAUGUUUUUAGCCAGUGGUACUUUUUGUAUGAAAUACAUUUUGUGAAUUAUUUUCUAUGUUCGCACUGGAACACAGUCAGGCUGUGUGUGUGUGUGUGUGCCAGCGUCCAGGCUGUUCUCAGCUCAGAAGGCACAUACACACACACAUUUGUUUUGAGAGAGUUGCAUGCAAAACCAAUUAUUGACAGUUCUAGAAUGUGGAAUAUCCAGUUACAGUGUGUUUUUUUUUUUGUUGUUGUUGUAUCAUUAUGUCUCAUCGUCAAUGUUCAAAUCUGGAUCACAGAUUGCUGUGUUCUCAGACCGGCGCCAAAGAUUAGAAGUGUUGCCACUAAUAGGACCACGAAUCUGAACCAACCAGUUGCUGAUAGAUGGCUCCAUGUGUGAUAUGUUGUAGUGUAAAUAGUCCAGAAGAAAGAGAGAACGAAAGAAAGGUUGAAGGAAGGAAGAAAGAAAGUGAGAAGAAAGUGAAAGAAGGAAAAAAUUACUAAACGAUUUAUGGGUUGGGGAAGAUAGCAACGUAAAAGAAUGUGAGGAUUACGAAUGAAAAUAGAAACCUUUCUUUAAAGUCUGACCUUUAAAGAUGUGUUUAGAGACAUUAAUGCUAACUAUGUACAGAAUUGUAUGCUGUCUCAGUAUUCAGUACCAGAGCACAGAGAAAUGGGGUUUAGAUAGGCCUAGGGUGGCCCCCUGCACGUGAACCUUGGUCUGGUGGUCCUCACCAGCCCUGACUCUGUACCUGCGUGCCCCCAUGCUCUGAUUUAGAAUCCUGACAACCCACCGAGCGAGCGGCCAAGGUCUGGUUGGGUCUGGUUCUCAGGCGAUACCACAGAAGUUUGAAUCGCCCGUGUGAUCGUAGUUUUGCUGGAGUUGAUGUAUAAGAUGUGAAACUUUCUAGUGUGUGACUUUUUUUUCCCGUGUCCUAACUGCUCUGCUAUAACACAAUGUCACAAGCAAAUCAUAUGUGUAUUCAUAUAUGUAUUUCAUUUUUAACAAUAUUCUCCUGUUUUUUGUCUAGAAUUGUAGACCCGUGUUUUGAGAAUGUCCGUCUCCGAUGUGAAGUUGGGAAAAUCUCACCACACAAUUAUAUCGUUUACGUUUUUUUAUUAAACCAAAUCUGAAGUGUAUGUUUCUAAGUGCAGUUAUCUGUGCUUGAUGGCUUGUGGUUUCCCACUAGCUCACUUUAGCACACCGCUAAGCUCAUUUAAUGUAUGUCUCUCUGAUGCUGCAGUAUACCACUUUUACCACAAGUGUUUCUAUAAUCAAAGGUACUAUCCUGACCACCCCAUUUAUAAAUAUACUCUUUUGUCAUGUAUAACCAAGAGUUCUGGUUUUAAAUUGUCCUUCAUGCCGAUAGACUGAAGGAAGCAAAUCAUUGACGUUUUAUAAGAAUCGUUUAAAAAAACACCAAAAUCUAUCGAUGGAUGUUUUGUUUUUGAUCAAAAUCUCAAUCCUUUUUUGUAUCUAAUGGAUUGAUUAAUCACCAGAUACUUAUGCUGUAUUUCAUAUAUAUUUAUGUUUUGGAACAUUUGUUUUGCAAUACAAUUAAAUUGUUUUAACAAAAAAACAAAAAAGA